CUGGUGGAGGAGUCACAGUCAAGGCUCAGCCUCCUCCAGAGGGAGGCGACGGGGAGAAGGAGCGAGGCGGAGAACAGACGGAGGACAAGCAGAAGCAGAAGGAGAACACGGCCUACGCUAAGAAGAUGGUGGUCCGGCUGGCGGGGCUGAUGGGGCUCGGCGGGGCGGUCGGCAUGGUUUAUAUAUUCGGCACCAAUUCGGUGGACGAACAAGGAAACGUGAUUCCAGACGAGUUCGACAGAGAUCCUCCCGUCGUCCAACAGCUGAAACGAACCUUCAAAUACUUCAAAGAUUACAGACAGAUGAUCAUCGAGCCGACGAGCCCGAAGCUGCUGCCCGACCCGCUGAAGGAGCCGUACUACCAGCCGCCCUACACGCUGGUGCUGGAGCUCACAGACGUGCUGCUGCACCCGGAGUGGUCGUUGUCGACGGGUUGGAGGUUUAAGAAACGUCCGGGCAUCGACUAUCUGUUCCAGCAGCUGACGCCGCUGUACGAGAUCGUCAUCUUCACGGCAGAGACCGGCAUGACGGCGUAUCCUCUGAUCGACAGCAUCGACCCUCAGGGCUUCGUCAUGUAUCGUCUCUUCAGAGACGCAACACGCUACAUGGAGGGCCACCACGUGAAGGACGUGUCGUGUCUGAACCGGGACAGCAGUAAGGUGAUCGUGGUGGACUGUAAGCGCGAGGCGUUCAGCCUGCAGCCGUUUAACGGGAUGGCUCUGAAGAAGUGGGACGGGAACUCAGACGACCGGACGCUGUACGACCUCGCCAACUUCCUCAAGACCAUCGCUCUGAGCGGCGUGGACGACGUCCGCUCGGUCCUGGAGAACUACGCCUUGGAGGACGACCCCAUCGAGGCCUUCAAGCGCAGACAGGCUCAGCUGGCACAGGAGGAGGAGCAGCGCCUCGCCGAGCUCGCCCAGCAGAAGAAGCAGCCGCUGUCGUUCGGCUCCAUCGCGUCGCGGUUCUGGCGCUCCAAGCAGCAGUGAGCCCCGCCCACCCCUCACACUUCCACCAAUCGCAGCCCGGCUCUCCAUCUGCGUCGAGGUGAGGGGAGGGGCCAGAGGACAGACACGGGGAGGGGGAGGGAGACCUGCGUACUGUGACUGAGCGUCACAUGCGACCAAUCACGUCUCAGUGGGCGGGUCUGCGGUGCUGGAACCAAUGCACCAAUGACAGAGCGGCGGCGGCGGCGGCGGCCUCCCCUCCCUUGGUCAUCCUGGUGUCACCUGAUGCUGCUGAUUGGACCCGGGUCAGGUUAAACUCUUCCUGCUGACCUGAGGUCGGCGCUCGCAGGAUCUGACCUGAGAUCAGCAGCUCUGUCCUGAAGCUUCACAAUGUGUACUCGUGUUUUAUUCCUGUGUGUCAGACUGACUCCGCAUCAUGUUGAAUAUUGUUUAUAAGAAAUAAAAUAAACAAUAAAUCGUCUAUGA